AUGUACCGCAAGGUAUCAAAGUCAAAGUCCACACAUCGUCUUCACCAGAUGGGCACCAUAGGCCAGCCUUUUCGGGCCAUUAAGCCUCGAAAUGACCCUGGCGAGGGGAGCAGCGGCCAGCUACCUGCCGGGAGUAGUGGUGGAGGACCUCCUCCAGCCGACGGUCGAUGCAGUGGGCAGCCGUGCUCCGAAUGUCAAACCCACACCCGAGAAUGCGUAUUCGAUAAACUCUCCGAUAGACGUCGGAAGGCCACCGUUAAGAAGACCCAGGAAGAGCUUACCAGUCUCCAAGAGUUUAUGAGGGAGCUGCUAGGCGCUCUAAGGAGUAGUGAUGGGACUCUCGCGCAACAUACGCUCGACACUAUUCGCGCAGGAGCAUCAGAAGACGAGAUUCUCGCCUCCAUCCGGCACGCCUAG